UUCUAUUUUUUAAUCUUGCACAAAUAUUUGGUUACUCAUCCACAUUUUUUAUUGGCAAGAUUGAAACUUCUUCUGCAAAAACUAUUGGAAAAAAAAAAAGAUUCCCUAUUUCUGCAAAAGGGAUAAUCAGAGAUGGCAACUAGGCAGCAGCAGCCGCCAUGGAUUCAGAGCUCACUGCCAUUCGUAGGCAUGACGUCAGCAGUCGUAGCUUUAGCAGUAAACAUGAUUAUAAGCAAAAUGGCCAUGUCUGAAGGGACAAGCUUUUACAUCUUGUCUGUAUAUUCAAAUGGCUUCGCCACUCUCAUUCUUUUUCCUACUGCCUUUCUCUUUCACAGGUCAAAGCGUCCGCCAUUGUCGUUCCCUGUUCUUUGGAGGAUUUUCUUGCUUUCUUCUUUUGGAUGUUUUGCGGAGAUUGGCAGUUAUGCCGGCAUAAACUAUAGCUCUCCGACACUCGGUACAGCCAUGUUGAAUCUCGUUCCUGCGUUCACUUACAUCCUCGCCAUUAUUUUCUGGAUGGAAGAAGUAAAUUUGAGAACAUUAACUACAAUUUCAAAGUCUAUCGGCACCGUAGUAUCAAUUUCCGGUGCAUUUAUCGUGACUUUCUACAAGGGUCCCGCUCUCCUCAAUAUUCCGUUAACUUCGGAACCUUCUACACAACUCUACUUGCCCGUCGCACAAAAUUGGAUCGUGGGAGGUUUCUUGCUUGCCUGUGCCUCGUUUUUGACUGCGUCGUGGUGCAUACUACAGGCUUCGAUACUGAAGAUGGCUCUUAUGAACAUAGCAUUUAGGCUAUAUGUUACCGCAUGGUGCAUUUGGAGGAAAGGUCCGUUCUUUGCUUCACUUUUCAAGCCGUUGACGCUCGUCGUUGCUGUUGUUAUCGGUGUUAUCUUUAUGAAAGAAGUUCUCUACAUUGGAAGUUUGGUGGGGGCAUUUGUGUUGAUUAUCGGUUUCUACGCGGUGAUGUGGGGAAAAUCUAAAGAAGGGAAGAUAGAAAAGGGAAGUGACGAAUCAUCGUCGAAUUUACAGGAACCUCUGUUGCAAGAGAAUAUCGAACACGUAUAGGUUUCUUCAUGGAUUUUUUUCGGAUAAAUUGAAUAGAAAUG